UAGGUAUGUGUUUGCGAGCAGUGGGAUGGGAAGCAGUGCCUCCGCGUGGAAAUCUAAGCUUUUUUUGCCUACUCCUAAGAGAAUUCUGUAGACAAUCGUUUUUUCGUAUAAUCAAUUGUUAAUAUCUUUACCUCCAACACAAAAUGCAAGACCCAAACGAAGAUACCGAGUGGAAUGAUGCGCUAAGAAAGCAAGGAAUUAUUCCUGAAAAACAAAAGGAAAAAGAAAUCACAGAGGAUCAAAUUGUCAAUCUCUUAGAAAGUACAAUCGAUAAAAAAUUGGGCCGAGCCAGCCAUAAUGCGGACAGUCUAACACUCGACGAGCUAGAUGAACUUGAAGAUGAAGAAGAUGAAAAAGUGCUGUUGGAAUACCGGAGAAAAAGGAUAGCUGAAAUUAAAGAACUUACUGAGAAUGCAAAAUUUGGCGAAGUUAGAGAAAUAUCGGCUCAAGAUUAUGUUCAAGAAGUCAAUUGUGCCGGAGAAGACAUUUGGGUUGUUUUACAUCUCUACAAGCAAGGGAUCCCCCUGUGUUCCCUACUGAAUCAACACUUGACAUCUUUGUCUAGAAAGUUCCCAGCAACGAAGUUUCUGAAAAGUAUUUCUACAACUUGUAUUCCAAAUUGGCCAGACAGAAAUUUGCCAACGAUUUUCAUCUAUAACAACGGAAACAUGGUUAAGCAGUUCAUCGGCCCAAUUGAAUUGCGUGGAAUGAAGAUCACUGAAGCAGAGCUAGAAUGGUUACUUGGCCAAGCAAAAGCCGUGCCCACAAAGAUAACUGAAGAUCCGAGACCUAAGGUACGUGACGUACUAUUUUCAACUUUGAAGAAUCAAAACGAUGAUCUUGCCGAUGACAACGAUUGGUGACAUAAUUACUUGAUUUCGAUUUUAACUUCACACAAAUAACGAAAGAAUAGAUUUUAUUUAACGGAAUUUAUAUUAUAAAAAUAAUAAAGAAAUAAAGAAAUAUAUACAAAAAUAA